AUGGCUAAACAUUCGUCUCUCUUAAUCCUCUUCUCUCUCAUCCUCCUCUCCUCAAUUUCCAACGCAAGGGACAGCCGAUUCUUCGACAAAGUCACGGCCAAUGCCGCCGCCCAGCAGCCUCAGGAGCCCGAUUUUCUCCCUCAGAACGAAAGAGGCUACGGCCUCUACGCCGAGCCCCACCACCCAACAAACUACAACCCCGUCACCGAGGCGGCCAACCCCCAAAUUGUCCAAAAUUACAAUAACGAUCCGAUCAGAAACAAUGCCGGCGGCUUCGGGAUGAGCGACACCAGGUAUAUGGAUGGCGGCAAGUAUUUUUACGACCUUCAAUCCGAUUCGUACAGCAGAAAUCACCCCUACAAUUCCCGGAAUAAUUACUACGGCAACGGCGACACCGGUUACGAGUUCAACGGUGGUACGAAUUCCGAUGGAGGGUACAAGGACCGAUUCGAGUUUCAGGAUAACAAUCUGCCUUGA